AGCAAUCAACCCAAACCACGCAUUUCAGCUUCUUCAUUUGCUCUUGAGGUCUCUAUUAUCUCAACAUAUCACUUGGCCGAACAAACUUAUACACGCACCUUUAUAAUACUUACGCAGCCUACCUUCAUUCAAGAUGAACCAUUUCCCAGAACUAUGGGGUCGGCCCAGAGAUGAUGUCUAUGGUCCCUACAACUCAUCUUACCUCAAGAGCACCGGUCCUAAAACCCAUACUCAGUCCCCCGCUGUGACCGGAACCUCCGUGGUAGCGGUCAAGUUCAACGGCGGCGUUGCGAUUGCCGCUGACAACUUAGCUUCAUAUGGUUCCUUGUCUCGUUUCACCGAUGUCAAACGUCUACGUGUGUUCGGUGAAUCUGCCGUGGUUGGAUUCAGCGGUGAUGUGUCUGAUAUGCAGUACAUCGACCGUCUCCUAGAAUCCAUCGACAUCAGGGAGAACUACUCCACCCAUGGCAAUCUACUCAACGCGAAGAACCUUCACACCUAUCUCUCGAAGGUGUUUUAUAAACGCCGAUCCGAUUUCAACCCACUGUGGAACCAUAUCCUAGUCGCCGGAUUCGAUGGAGACAAGAAGCCUUUCCUCAGCUCCGCUGACCUUUUGGGGACUACAUACUCAGGCCCCCACCUUGCAACUGGAUUCGGUGCCCAUCUCGCCGUACCGAUCCUUCGCCGGUUGUUCCCAGAAGAGAAGCCUAUCGAGGAGAUCACCAAGGAAGAUGCGGUUUCCGCCUUGAGAGAAUGUCUCAAGGUUCUAUGGUAUCGCGAUGCCCGGAGUCUUGACAAGUACUCGAUAGCCAUCAUUACUGAAGACGGGGUAGAGCUGAAUGAAGACCAGAAGCUUGAGGAGCAGAGCUGGGCGUUUGCUGAAUCCAUCAAGGGAUACGGAGCUCAGGUGGUCUAGGUGCUCCGCUUGUAUUUAGGUUAACGCCGAAGUGUCUACGAUUUAAUCCCACGUCACAUGGUCUGGUAUUUUAGUGUUCAAG